AUGCCGGGGCCUCCUCCUCCGCCGCCUCCGCCUCCGCCUCCGGGCGCCGGCGGCCCUCCUCCUCCUCCUCCACCCCCUCCUGGAGGUGCACCAGGCGGCCUCCCCGGACGGCCUCCGCCAGGUCGCGGUGCUCUUCUCGCCGAUAUCAGCAAAGGCAGGGCUCUCAAAAAGGCUGUUACGAACGAUCGCUCCGGCCCUAUCGUCGCUGCUGGUGGUGGCGCAUCGUCAUCCGGGCCACCAGUAGGAGGCGCGCCGCCCGUUCCCGGCCUGGCACCGCCCGUUUCUGGAAACCGCGCAAGGAGCAACAGUGAUCAGGGUACGGGGGCAGCCUCUGCUGGGUUACCAUCUGCGGCGCCGCAGCUCGGUGGCCUGUUUGCGGGCGGCAUGCCCAAGCUGAAGAAGAGAGGUGGCGGCGUGGACACGGGACGAGAAACAGAGUCAUCAUACUUGUCAGAUCCUGGCGAGUCGAAAUUUUCUGCACCCAGACCGCCAGCUGCUGCACCAAGACCGCCGUCUAGCGGUGCUCCUACGAUCCCAGGAAGGCCGUCUUUGGUUGUGCCUGGUCCUGGUGGUCUUAGAAAGACAAGUGGAAGGGGACCGCCGCCGCCCAUAGGAAAGAAGCCGCCGGCGCUACCAACAUCCCGAAAACCAGCCCUGAAGCCGACACUUCCCUUUUCUCCUGCGCCUCCACCACCCCCUCCAUCGGGAGCACCAGCGCCGCCUCCACCUCGUCCUGCAUCAUUUGCGCCAGGCGCGCCUCCUCCGCCGCCGCCUGCAAGCGCACCUCCGUUGCCAGCCGCUGCUCCUCGAUUACAGCCACCUCCACCCCCUCCACCGCCGACGAGCUCCGUGUCUUCGCUUGCAUCUGCGGUGAACCGACCCUCUGGACGAUCAUCGCCCACAACAGCGCCUCCCCCCCCCUCCCCCUCCUCCGCCCGGUGCUGCGCCGUCACCGCCUUCUAUGCUUUCACCACCGCCACCCCCCCCCCUCCGCAGUCUCGCAGCCGUGGCUCAUCUCUCCGUCAAUCCAUGCUGGAUCCUAGCGCCUACACGCUGUCGAUGAACGGGUCGCCCUCGCCAACCGCCACGCCAAACUCGCGGACCUCGUUCCAUUCACCAAGCCCAAGUCUUGGUGGCGGAGGUCGCAUUAUCAUCAACGACCCGAGGUGGCACUUCAAGGAAGAUGACCAACUUCCCAAGCCCAGAGGCUUUUCUCGAGCCAGCCGUAGGUACAGGGCAGGCAGAGGAAGCAGUGUUCCACUAGAUUUGAGCGCUUUCUAG